CUUUUUAGAAGCAUUGAACGCAUCUCCACCCACUUGGGAAACUGCAGUGUUGUCAAGACAACGGGUAAACUGUCGCCUAAGGAAACAUGGCGGAGCUGCUGAAAAUAAAAAGUGAAGUUGAAGAAUUCAAAAAGGAAUACUUCUACAGAAACAGCCAAGCUGAGGAGAACAGACAGAGGGAAUACCAGGCCGCCAACCGGAUUCAGAGCUGGUUCAGAGCCUCCAAGGUGCGGGCUUACCUCAGCCAUCUGCACAAGAAGGCAAUCAUUAUACAGAGGAUAUGGCGGGGCUUCACAGCAAGGGCACGUUUCAGACAAAUGGUGAAGGCGGCAUAUUUUAUCAUGAAGAUGAAUUUCUACGAGGAGAUGGCGGUCAGGAUCCAGAAGAGAUGGAGAGGAUUCUUUGUGAGGAAGUAUAUUCAUAACUACUACGCACGCAAGAGCUAUCUGGAAGGACUUUCCAGGAAAAAUGAACUUGUGAGGAUGGAGCUGGCAGAACUUGAGGAACUACAGAAGAGAGAGAGAGACUGUGUGGAGAUGGUAAAAGAGCAGACAGCCAAGGUCUACCAAGCACACCGGUUACACCACCUCCUCAGCACCAAGCAGUGUCCAGGGGUCUUCAACUCUCCAUUUAGGCCAGCCCCCCAUGAGAUGGAACUACUGCUGAGGCAGGUCAAGUACCAGGCCCCCGCCAGGCUGGACCCCAGGGGCAGGGCUUGUCUCAUGGGCAUGCUUGGCCCAACAGACCACAGUUUCCCUGGGACUCUUGGAUCCCCAUGGAUUAAAACCACUGGAACCUGCUCCUCCAAGCCCAUACUACCCCCCAUUUCCAGCAAGAAACAGCAGGGUCUGCUCCGAGAGCCAGGGGAAGUGUGGGAGCAGCGCAUGCUUUGUCCUGACCUGACGUUACGUCUACAGACCUCUUACACACACCUGGAGGAGGCCCAGAAUCAGCUUCGACACAAGUAUAUAAGACUCCCCACUGGCAAAUUAGGAACAGGAAGUAUGCUCCACCAUCUGAGCCACAGCAGCAAUUCCUUUACUCAGCCAGCCUACGCCAAGAGCUUUAGAUAGUAGACUACACACUCACUACAAGAGGAGCCGGUCAAGACUGUUCGCCACCAACAACAUCUUUGAUAAGUGUGCUCCUCUGUACUCCAAGGCAGGCAUCAUUGUGUGACACACCUCCUUCUGGCCUGAGAAAAUUGAGAGAAGUACAAAUAAAGAUUGCUUAAUAUAU